UUUUUGGUAUGGUUUCUGUGUUCAAUUAGGUUUGCAAUUUGAAUGUGAAUUAAGAAGGGUUAAUAAGUUACUUCAUCAAAUCCUUCAUUCUCCAGAGAAGAAUUAAGAAUGCAGGACCCAAUAAAAGCAGCAAGGACAACGUCUCUUGCUCCAACCGGGCGAAAGCUUAAGAAUGCAAGAUUCUCAGAUUAUGACUCCGCCUCUUCGUCUCCGAUUAAUCCAAACAGAAGUUCAAGGGCACCAAAAAGCAGGAGCUUGAAAGUAAAUGAUCGACGCUCUCCCCAAAGCUCUGUCGUUGAGGUACUUGUUUGCAGGGGCGUGGCUAGGGCUAUAACAAAUUUAAGGUGAAAAAUCUGCAUAAAAAACUUUCAAAAAAAUGUGGUAUCGACCGAGCCCAAUGUACUGCCCUGGUUACGCCAUUGCUUGUUUGGGUACUGCUUUAUGAAAUUCAAGUCAUAAGUUUCACUAAAAAGUCCCAUGAAAAUACAAUGUAGUGCAAGUGCAUGGUAUAUACAAAGUUCGAAAUCUUAUAUUACCAUCCUUAUUCCGCCAAUGCUUACCUCGUUCAUUUGCUACCGCAACUCAAUUACUCAAGAGAGUAUGUUGGGGUGCCCUUACGUGUUUAAACAAAUACUUGUGAGCCUUAUUUCCUAGUUGUUGUGUAGUCCUAUGUAUGUGGUUCAUCCUAUUUUGCGUGAAAUGCAGCAUGGAUACAGAGAGUAUAAAAACAAUUUAAGUGACCAUCUUCUUUUCUGCUUGCAUUGAGCAACUUUCUUCAUUUUUGGUGAACUAUAAAAAAUAGAGAUAGUUUAAGUGGCUCCCUUCUUUUCUUUUUGAUUUAUGCAACUUCCUUUAAUAGAGAGGGAUUAGCUAUAGUCUAUGAAAAGGGCUGGUUUGGUUUCCUUUGGUGUCAAGAUAGUUAACGCACAACACAAGCAACCUAUUUGAUCCAUAAGCAGAUAAAAGAAACAAAAAAAAAAUCAAAACUAACUGAAAUCAAACCAAAACAAACCAAACAAAAUAAAAUAUAUGGAGUUCUAUUUACGAUUUAAGGGUUAUGCUUUAAAAGCAAACUGAGCCGGAAAAAAUCAACUCAAACAUGUCAAAACCAACUGAAACUCACACAAAUUAAACAAUACUCCGUAAUAACUUAGGUGCCUUAGGAUACUUGGUUCACUUCUAAGUUUUGCAUUUCUCAACAAACGACAAUAACAAAGCUAGCAAAACUGAAACUCUUGAUAAUACAAGGGUUGGUCUGCUGGAUACUUCUUACCUUCAGACUAAAUGUGCAACCAAAGUGUCUGAUCUGGACACUCGAUUUCAACAACUCCAGGAAGAGCUGAAGAAGGCAAAAGAGCAGUUAAGUUCAUCUGAAUCAAUGAAGAAGAAGGCACAACAAGAAGCACAAGAGACUAAGAAACAGUUAGCAGCCAUGUCACUCAAACUCGAAGAAUCUCAUAAACAACUAAUUGACCUCUCAGAUUCCGAAUCAUCUCGUCUCCGAGAACUUCUACAAAUCUCACACGAUCGAGACCGAGCCUGGGAAUCCGAACUCGAGGCACUCCGUAACCAACACGAUUUGGACAUUUCUGCCAUGGCUGAAAUCCAGAAGCUCAAGGCUCAAAUCCAUCACAUGGGAUUGGAGAUCGCCGAGAAUCUCGCUCUGCUCGAGGAUUUCAAAUCUCAGCUAAACGAAUCCAAAGCUUCUGAAGCCCAGACGAUGAGCGAACUCAAAAAAGCGGAGAUGAAACUGGAAGUUUCUCGAAUGACCGAAGAAACACUACGCGACGAUUUAUUAAAAGCCGAUGAAGCAUAUAAAUCGUUAAUUUUGGCUCUUGCGAGCUUAAAGGCCUCUUUGGUUGAUCAAGAGACGAAACUGAAAUAUCUGAAUGAGGAGAAUGGUCUCUUAAAGUCGGAAAUCCAGGAAAGGGUUGACAGAAAGAACACAAUCAAAGAUGAAAUUAUUGAUUUAAAAGAGGUUGAGAUUAUUGAAGAACAAGAAUCCAUGGUGGAAGAAGAUAAGAUCACUGAAAAACCUGAAAAUUGGGAGAUAGAGGAUGAACUGAGAAAGCUAAAAGUGCAAUGUAAUCAGUGGAGAAAAGCGGCAGAAGCAGCUGCGGCUAUUCUGUCAGGCGAAAGCAAUGGGAAACACUCCAUGGAUUAUCAUACUCUGGGCGGGAAGCUGGGGACGCCAUUGUCAGAUGAUGACUUUGAAGAAGAGUGGUCCAAGAAGAAGAAUGGGAAAGUGCUUAAGAAAUUUGGAAUUCUGUUGAAAAAAAGUCAAAGGUAGAAUUGCUAUUUUCAAAAGAAGGUGCAAUUAAGCUCACACAUAGUCCUUAGAGGCUUAGGGUCUGUUUGCAACAGCUUCUGCUUUUAAAAAAAUGCUUUUUUAAAUGAAAUGAGGAAAAGUGAUUAAAUAAAAGUUGAUAGUAUUUGAGAAAAAAGUGAUUUUGAAAAGUAAAAGUGGGUAGUGUUUGGUAAAAUAAGUGCUUUUUGUGUAAUAGAAAAAGUAAAAGCACUUUUGACGCGGAAGCCGAGAAAAAUAAAAAUUGUAGUGUUUGAGAAAAUAAGUGUUUUUUUAAAGCCAAAAGCUGAGAAGUGCUUUUUUAAAAGCAGUUGCAAACCAACCCUUAGAAUAUGUAAAGACUGGGACAUGUUACUAAAAGUGUGAUAAUUGUGCUUUUUUAUCACUUGUAGUAUGUAUUUACGCAAAUGCUAUAGGUAUCCCAAUUGUUACUCCAACCUAUUUUUGUAACUCACAAAAGCUCACCUCAAUAAAUGAAUUGUCCCACUUUAAUGAGGUGUUUUUGGGAGCCACAAAAAUAUGGUGGGGUACAAAUUGGGGUAUCAAUUGGGGUACUUUAGCAUUUUUCAUGUAUUUAUCGUGAUAAUUGACUCUUUUCGUCAUACGUGUAAGAUAACACUUAGGUGAAUAUGCAUAUUGUAAUAAACUCUUGAUAAUAUAAUACAAAG